AUGUCGAAUUCAGGCCCAUUAACCUCCUGGCUACUCUCCAGCACCCCGAAAGCCCUGAAACGCGCAACGACACACCCGUUCCUUGCCUCUGCAGGCCAAGGCACACUGCCCAAAACCACUCUCUCCCAAUGGCUCUCGCAAGACAGACUCUACGCCCAAUCCUACAUCCGCUUUAUCGGCUUCCUCCUCGCGAAGAUCCGGAUUCCGGCCCAGGCUCGUCCCAAUUCCCCCGAUGCCCAGGCGAUCAAUGUCCUCAUUGAUGCGCUCGUGAAUAUUCGUACCGAACUACAAUUCUUCGAGAACACUGCCGCGGAAUAUAAGCUCGAUUUGACGGCCAUAGCACGCGAGGAAUAUGGCGGGGGACUUGCGAAGAGCGGGAGUAUCAUAAUCUCCGCGGGCAUCUCGACUACAGGCUCGGGGUGUUGUCCCGGAUUCACGGGGUCUUCGUGCCAGUGGAAAGAGUACUCUGUUGCGGCGGCGGAGAGCGGCGAUGUGGAAGAGGAGCAGUUAUCCGGUCGAGGAUCUGGUCCUGAUUUGCAUCGUCUCUGUAAUGCGCAGGGCGAGUGUCAGAUGCAGGAUUGCAGCCAGGUGUGCUACCCGCCUUCGCCGUGGAAUGUGAGCAAGGAUCCUCUUGCGCCGUCGGAGCGGGAGGGCCACAUCUACUUCGCGCCUUCGACGAUUACCCGUGCUUAUAUCGAUAUGUUCAUGUCUGCCGCUAGCUCGGGGGUGUCGAUCAUGGAGGGUAUCGCGGUGUUGUGGGCGACGGAGGUCUGCUAUUUGCGGGCUUGGAAGUAUGCAGCUUCGUUCCUGGAGGGGAGGGAUGGUCCGGUGGAGAAUGAUGCCGACGGGGGUGCGUUGAGGAAGAAGUUUAUCCCCAAUUGGUCGAGUGUGGAGUUUGAGGGCUUUGUGGAUCGGAUUGGAGAUGUUUUGGAUGCGAUGGCUGGGCAGAUCAAGGGCGCCGAGGAGGCCGAGGAGAUGCGUGGGCGGUGCUUGGAGUGGUGGAGGCAGGUUGUGAGGCUGGAGGAACUGUUUUGGCCAGCUAUGGAGUGA